GACUUAUAAUAUCUCUUCAGCUUCUUCGUGGCGACAUGGAGCAGAUUCGAAGGGAAAACCCCAUAAUCUUUAACAGAGGUGUUUCUGUUACUAGGAAGCUGGGGUUUCCUGAUGUUAUAAUGCCAGGUGACAUACGCAACGACUUGUACCUGACAUUAGAGAAGGGAGACUUCGAAAGAGGUGGGAAGAGUGUGCAGAAGAACAUUGAAGUGACCAUGUAUGUACUCUAUGCAGAUGGAGAAAUCUUGAAGGACUGCAUCAGCCUGGGCUCAGGAGAGCCGAGCAGGAGUGCAUACCAUUCUUUUGUCCUUUAUCACAAUAACAGCCCUCGAUGGGGUGAAAUCAUCAAGCUGCCCAUCCCUAUAGACAGAUUCCGUGGCUCCCACCUCCGGUUUGAGUUCAGACAUUGCUCCACAAAAGACAAGGGAGAAAAGAAGCUCUUCGGUUUUGCAUUCACCCCAUUGAUGAGAGAUGAUGGCACUACCUUGUCAGAUGAUAUCCAUGAGCUUUAUGUUUAUAAGUGUGAUGAGAACAGCACGUUUAACAAUCACGCACUGUACCUGGGGCUGCCGUGCUGCAAAGAGGACUACAAUGGCUGCCCCAACAUCCCUUCCAGCCUCAUCUUCCAGCGCAGCACCAAAGAGACCUUUUCGGUCUCCACGCAGCUUUCUUCUACUAAACUGACCCAGAAUGUGGAUUUGCUCGCCCUAUUGAAGUGGAAAGCUUACCCAGAUCGUGUGAUGGAUAUUCUAGGAAGACUGAGACAUGUCAGUGGCGAGGAAAUUGUUAAGUUCCUGCAAGAUAUUCUUGACACGUUGUUUGUUGUUUUGGAUGACAACACAGAAAAGUAUGGUCUGUUGGUCUUCCAGUCUUUGGUAUUCAUCAUCAAUCUGCUGCGUGACAGCAAGUAUUUUCAUUUUCGACCUGUGAUGGACACUUACAUUCAGAAGCACUUUGCAGGAGCACUGGCUUACAAAGAACUGAUCCGGUGUUUGAAGUGGUACAUGGACCGUUCUGCCGAGCUGGUACGCCAAGACCACAUCCAGGAAGCAAUGAGGGCCUUGGAAUAUCUUUUCAAGUUCAUUGUCCAAUCUCGGAUCCUCUACUCCAGAGCUACUUGUGGAAUGGAGGAGGAACAGUUCCGCUCCAGCAUCCAGGAGCUUUUCCAGUCCAUCAGAUUUGUGCUCAGCUUGGACAGCAGGAGCUCUGAGACUCUCAUCUUCACACAGGCUGCUUUGCUGAACUCCUUCCCCACUAUCUUUGACGAGCUGUUGCAGAUGUUCACGGUGCAGGAGGUUGCAGAGUUCGUGAGGGGCACUCUGGGCAGCAUGCCCAGCACAGUACACAUCGGGCAGUCCAUGGAUGUGGUUAAGCUCCAGUCCAUCGCGCGCACUGUUGACAGCCGCCUGUUCUCCUUCUCAGAGUCCCGGCGCAUCCUGCUGCCUGUAGUUCUUCACCACAUUCACCUUCACCUACGACAGCAGAAGGAGCUACUUAUCUGCUCUGGGAUCCUCAGUAGCAUCUUCUCUAUAAUUAAGACAAGUUCUCUGGAGGGAGAUGUCGUGGAGGAGGUUGAGAUGAUGGUGGAGAGCCUCCUGGAUGUGCUUUUACAAACUCUGCUUACAAUCAUGAGUAAAUCGCAGUCUCAGGAGGCGGUAAGAGGGCAGCGUUGCCCGCAGUGCACAGCAGAAAUCACUGGAGAAUAUGUCUCCUGCCUUUUAUCUUUGCUUCGUCAGAUGUCAGACACUCAUUUCCAGCACUUACUGGACAACUUUCAAAGCAAGGAUGAACUAAAGGAGUUCCUCCUGAAGAUUUUCUGUGUAUUUCGGAACCUGAUGAAAAUGAGUGUCUUUCCUCGAGACUGGAUGGUGAUGAGGUUGCUCACCAGCAAUAUCAUAGUUACAACAGUUCAGUACCUGUCUUCUGCACUGCAUAAGAACUUCACGGAAACAGACUUCGAUUUUAAAGUGUGGAACUCUUAUUUCAGCCUAGCAGUUUUGUUUAUAAACCAGCCAAGUCUCCAACUAGAAAAUGCCACACCAGCCAAGAGGAAGAAGAUUCUGGAUAAAUAUGGUGAUAUGAGAGUAAUGAUGGCAUAUGAACUCUUCAGCAUGUGGCAGAACCUGGGUGAGCAUAAGAUUCACUUUAUUCCGGGAAUGAUUGGCCCCUUUCUUGGUGUUACACUGGUUCCACAACCAGAAGUCCGGAAUAUCAUGAUCCCUAUCUUCCAUGACAUGAUGGACUGGGAGCAGAGAAAGAACGGCAACUUCAAACAG